GUUCAUCUUCUGUUCGAAGUCAAACACACAUCACCCUUCCACAUACGCGAAUAGACAGUUUUGUGUGCACAAUGUUGGUCCUUUGGCUAAAUAUCAUCGCAAUAAUUUGUGUCAUACCCUACGCAAAUGGAGAAGGAAGGGUUGCAAUAGCGCAUUUACAAUCGCUAAAGUCAGUGACUGGUCAAAUUCAAUUUACGGAGACGGCAAAAGGGCUUCAUGUCGAAGGAGUUAUAUUUGGUUUACCACCCGGUGCCUACGGGUUUCACGUUCACGAAUUAGGAGAUGUUGCACCUGGUUGCGACCAGGCGGGCCGGCACUUCAACCCUGAGGGAUCCAACCACGGUGGCAGGAACUCCACCGUACGCCAUGUCGGUGACCUCGGAAAUGUAGUGUUCGUUAGCGAGCGAGCCGCUUAUGCUACAGUAGACUUUGUAGAUAGUCUAUUGGCACUUCAAGGACGUAAUAGUAUAUUGGGGCGCUCUUUGGUCUUGCAUGAACAAACGGAUGACCUAGGUUUGGGAGGAAACGCGACGUCUUUGACUACAGGUAACUCGGGGCCACGGAUAGCAUGUGGUGCUAUUGGAAUCAAAUCACCUUAUGACCCUUGGAAUGCUGCUAGCUCUAUGUCUCCGUCGAUGCUACUAUUUAUCACAUCUUUAACUUUAUUUACUUUAAAAUGGAAAUUGUUGUAAUAAGUAUUUAAUUUUAAUAGACUGUAAUCUGUAAACAUACUUUAGUUUUUAUAUUUUAAUAAAAUGGUAUUGUAAAGUAA